UUAUAGUAGACAAAUACUGUUUUGGUACCACAGCGACUAGCUGGCUAGCCCGCACACAGCUAACAGAUAUGACAGCACUGGGGUGGCGCAGUUAACGCAGUUAGGGUGCAGCAGUAGUUGUUGCUAACGUUAAUGCAUUUCAUUCACUAAAAUUGUGUGUGUUAGCUCAUUUCUUGUUAGGGUCAGACAGCCAGCGUGUUCUAACUUUAAUAUUGGCGAGGUGUUUAAACGUCAACAACAUGCUAAUGGGCUAAUUAAACAGACGUUCGUUAGUUAGUUUUUGUUUGUUUUGUGUGUCAAGUGCAGAUUUCACCUUUUGUUUUCAUAGUGUUUUUAACUUAUAUGUUUAUAUGCUUAUAUGCUUUGACCGAAAUAUGUAAUUUAAUUUUCUAAAACCCCUCAGAGUGAACUUUUAAUAAUGUAUGAUCAUUACAUAGCUAAUAUUCUAACACGUCAGUGUGAUAAACAUACAAUUUAUCCAUUUGUAUUGUUUUGGGGCUGUAUUUCCGUAUCGAAAAGACGUUCAUUUUUAUAAUCUUAUGUCCUUGUUGAAACUUUUGCUAGUAUGUGGUAGGGCUUUCAAGUCACACCGCAACAUCUAGUGGUGAAAUUACACGUUCCAACUAAGUGUAUCUUACCUUAUACGUUUCCUGUCUAAAAUGAAGUGGAACAUGGGAGUAAACACUGAUUUACGAAUCUGUUAAAAACAAACAAUUCAAAAUGAAAUAUGACUGAUUUCACAGUAUUCUGCUACAGUAUAAUACUACUACAUAUGAACUACGUAUGUCAGAGUAUGCAUCUAUGUAAUUUAUUCUUGUAAAAUAUGGGCUACAAUUUAGCACAAAAAAAACAUUAACAAGCGUUAUGAGAGAUUAAUAAUUAAACUGACAGCUACACAGUUUCCUCUCAAAGUUAUUAACAGAACAUCAUUAGAGCACCUACAAAUGAGUCAAUUCAUAGUGUCAAUUGAAACUUUGUUGAAUGUCAACAAACAAAAUCAAAACCCAGAAGACAAGUAAACAGAAGGAGAACAACCUUCAUUGUCAUUGUACAUAUACAGACACACACACAACAAAGUUUGUCUUCCACAUUUAAACCAGCAACCUGUCUGGAGAAAAAUGUCUUGUUGUCUUUCAAAAAGACUUGCCACAUUGUUAGGGGGCAUCCGGACUUGAACCAGAGACCUCUUGAUCUGCAGUCAAAUGCUCUACCACUGAGCUAUACCCCCACGAUAAUGAGAUUUUAACAUGAGCCAUUUCAGUAGACGCCACAGACACGGAACGUCAUCAUCUAUCAGGACAACACACCUUGGGAUGUCCAAGCAUGACCUGGAGAGAGAUUCAGGAUUCUCAGAUGCCAGCUCUGAGUACCUCAGUACAGUCGAUCUGACCGACUCUGAGGGAGCUGGAAGGACGGGGUCCAUUUACACCCAUGACUCUACAGGUCCACCAGUGGCCGGGAUGGGGGGCUCUUAUCCAGGAUUGUCUCCUAUGAUCAUAAUGAACCACUUUGUCCCAAAUCAGCAAUCACUGGUGUCUCAAACACAAAAACAAUGGGGCUUUUCUUCACCCAUGGACCUGAUGCCUCAAUCACAGAUGGUUCUUUUCCAACCCAUGGUAUCGAACAACAACAACAACAACAACAGCAGCAGCAGCAGCAGCAGCUCAAAGAAGACGACGUUUGAAAACGUCCGACAAUCAAGAGACCGCGUUCCAACGGUUAAAACAUAUCCAAGAAUUGCCCCACAGCCCGCAGACAUGCUGCCAAAAAGGGUGGGUGUCUCCAGAGUGAAGGGGUGUUCAACUUCAGGAUCCACCAAGCACCAGAGGAAACACCACCACAGCCACAGACCUUACAGCUCCACCAGCUCACAGCCGCCACUGCAGGCUCCAGUCAGAGCCAUCUCCAACUACAACACGGUGAGCCACCAAUCACAGGCUCCGUAUCCAGAGCAGGUCAGUGACGCGUCUCUCCACCAGUUCCCAGGAAACAGUUGCCUUCAGUUGUCCGAAGAGGAAUUCACCAGUGAGAUGGACAGUCCCCAGGAUCCCCUACUGAUGGACAGCAACAAACUCCAACGAUUCAGCAACACCUACAAUAUCCUUCACCAGUCUGGGCUGCUUGGGAUCACAAUGCGCACCAAACAGCUGAUCAAGGAGAAUAAGCACACGCAGAGUCAGUUACAGCAGCUUCAAGGGCAGACGGCUCUGCUGCUGGAGGCUCUGAGCAGCAGAGACCCCCAGGUCUGGACUAGACUACAGCUCUCUCUGCAGACCAUGGACAAGGAGCAGCUGGGAGUUCAAGGAAACACACUGACAGCGUAAGAUUUUUUGCACAUGAGCAGAACAUUCCAUUUCAGCAGCGGACAACCAACCAUUCACUGAACGUGAGAAAAAUAUUAAAAAAACUUUGAAUGUAAUCAUGUAAAUAUCAUAUCAUAAAUAUCAGUUAAAAACUCCUGAGCGUACAAACCCAGGAUUCAGAUAUGAGGCUAUUGGACAUAUUUUUCAUAUAUUGUAUUGAAAUGAGGUAGAAUGCUUAUAACUUUUACUUUACUUUUUUCUAAUAACCAAAAUUCUUAAAAACCUUGCUCUACCUUUAAGAUUUUAUUAUUGUCACAUUGCAAAAUGGUAUGCCUUAAAAUAGGUUUCAGACAAAGUCUGAUUACUGUAUUUUUCGGACUGGAGCUCAGGUCUGUCAAAGGCAUUUGUCUGUCAAAAAUUGUGUAGUAAAGGGAAAUAAAUAUAUAAGGCGCACUUUAUAUAGUAGGCAAAUACUGGUCGCAAUAUUCAGACUUGUUGAGCGUAGGUGGUGCCCUCUUGUGGUCAUAAGUGAUAUCGCCUAUAUUUUUGUUAAAUAGGUCACUGUGCAGUAUACUGUACGUAGCAGGACCAGCCAGGCGACCAAAAUACAACCCACAACCCAUGUUUUUAUUAGGUCUUAGACAUAAAUGUUGUGCCAUCGUAUGAACAAAAAUGCGAUGCCCCUUUUUUGAGUAAAAAGCAGGAAUAUGUUUAAAUGACAUGUUUAACAAACGCAGAUCCAUUUCACUCUCUUCGUCAUUAGACUUUGAUUCCAUUGAUUUCCGUGUUUUUUUUCUUUUCCUCAACUACUUCAGAUCUUUUCCCCAGUAUACUGGCCUACUUUCCCAGUAGAUUUCCCAGUAGGAGAAAAAUGAAAAGGUGAUUCCCAACCCACUCUGCUGUAAUGGAUUCUUCUGGCCAACGUCAAAAAUAACUGAACAGUUAAUACACGUGUUAUAAAGAGAAGCUUAUGAAUCUGCUCCCUGAUAUAUAUAUAUGUGUGUGUGUGUGUGUGUGUGUAAAUAUGUUUAAUGUCACUUUACUUCGUUUGUUUGCAUACUGGUUAUUUCCAGGUAUUUUUUAAAUAUUUUUGCAGAGACUUUGCACGUACACAUUUGCCCAAAAUCGUAUUUUAAACCUUAACAAUCAAUAAGUAAAACCACAAA